GAGGGUAUCAGCAAUGAACGCCCUGGCUGCACCGCGCUGGACCAGAUGUACCAUGUGGCAUGCUUCACGUGUAAAGAAUGCAACAAACAGCUGGCAGGCGGUUCAUUCUACAAUGUGGACGGGAAACCUUUGUGUGAGCAGGAUUAUGUGAAAUCGUUAGAUCGAUGCAGCUGUUGUGGGGAGCCGAUCAUGGAUAAGUUGCUGCGUGCAUCUGGUGGUACUUAUCAUCCAGCAUGUUUUGUAUGCAGUGUCUGUAAGAAAUGCUUGGACGGAGUCCCAUUUACGGUCGAUUCUAGCAACAGUGUGCACUGCGUUACCUGCUUCCACGACAAAUUCGCUCCUCGCUGUGCUGUUUGCUCGAAGCCAAUUGUGCCGGAAGACGGCGAGAAAGAAUCUGUGCGGGUUGUUGCUAUGGACAAAAGCUUCCACGUGAACUGUUAUCGGUGUGAGGAUUGCAACAUGCAACUAAGCUCUAAAAUUGAAGGACAGGGGUAA